CCCUCCAGGCAGCACGCCAGUUCAUCCUCCAGCAGGCCACAGGACUCAACUCCCCCAGCAGCAACGAGAUCAAACAGAGCCCUGUGCAGGUGCCGGUAUCCAUGGCGAUGAUGACCCCACAGAUGAUAACUCCUCAGCAGAUGCAGCAGAUCCUCUCUCCACCUCAGCUCCAAGCUUUACUCCAACAGCAACAAGCCCUUAUGCUGCAACAGCUGCAGGAGUACUACAAGAAGCAACAGGAGCAGUUGCACCUACAGCUCCUUACCCAACAACAGCAAGCAGGGAAGCAGGCCAAAGAGCAGCAGCAGUUGGGGAAUAAACAGCUGGCUUUCCAGCAGCAGCUGAUCCAGAUGCAACAACUACAGCAGCAACACAUUCUAAAUCUACAAAGACAGGGCCUGGUGAACCUACAGCCGGGCCAAGGAGCAGUACCCAUUCAGAGCCUGCAGCAAGCCAUGUGCCCCACUGACCUGCAGCAGUUGUGGAAGGACGUGGCCGGUGUUCAGAGCACAGAGGAGGUCAUGAAACAUGAGGGCCUCGAUCUGACCACCAACAGCUCCAACACUACCUCAUACUCGGCCUCCAAGGUCUCACCUCAGAUCCCCCAUCAUACUUUGCCAAAUGGACAGAACUCUGUGCACACUCCAAAGAGAGACAGAGCAAGACUCUUUGAGUGGAUCUCCUCCUUCACCAAGGAGUCCAGUGAUGAGCAUCUCAUGCCUUAUUCCAAAGGCGCUCUCCUGCAGAGCACCCACUCGACUCAUGAGGAACACACGGCCUCUCACCCGCUCUAUGGACACGGCGAAUGCAAGUGGCCUGGCUGCGAAGCGCUGUGCGAGGACAUGGGCCAGUUCAUCAAGCACCUGAACAGUGAACACGCCCUGGAUGAUCGCAGUACGGCCCAGUGCAGGGUCCAGAUGCAGGUCGUUCAACAGCUGGAGAUACAGUUGGCCAAAGAGAGCGAGCGUCUGCAGGCCAUGAUGGCCCACCUGCACAUGCGUCCGUCAGAGCCAAAGCAUUUCAACCAACCUCUGAACCUGGCCUCUAGCAUGUCGCUGUCAAAACGAGAAAGUGAGGGGUUUCCUGAGGGCUUGCCUCAUCCCCCCACCUCUGCCGCAACUCCCAUCACCCCCAUGAGGCAGGGACCCUCCGUCAUCAGCUCCUCUAGCCUGCACGGAGUCGGGCAUAUCCGUCGGCGCAACUCCGACAAGUUCUGCACCCCUAUCGCUUCAGAACUUGCACAGAAUUGUGAAUUCUACAAAAACGCUGAUGUCAGGCCUCCAUUCACCUACGCCUCCCUCAUACGACACGCCAUUCUGGAAACCUCUGACCGACAGCUGACUCUAAAUGAGAUCUAUAACUGGUUUACACGAAUGUUUGCCUAUUUCAGGAGAAACACCGCAACAUGGAAGAAUGCGGUGCGCCAUAACCUGAGUCUGCACAAGUGCUUUGUGCGGGUCGAGAACGUCAAGGGUGCUGUUUGGACCGUGGACGAAGUGGAGUACCAAAAGAGGAGACCACCAAAGAUGACCGGAAGUCCCACUCUCGUGAAGAAUAUGAUUUCUGGGCUGGGAUUUGGCUCUCUGAAUGCCAGCUAUCAGGCUGCACUUGCGGAGAGCAGUCUUGGUCUUCUGAACAGCCCCACCCUGAUGAACAACAGCACAGGUGCGAGCCUCAACAUGCUGCACAUUGGCCACGAUGAUGUCAGCAGCACUGUUGAACAAGUCAACAGUAACGGCAGCUGCAGCCCUGGACUUUCUCCACAGCAGUACGGACACCAAGUCCAUGUGAAGGAGGAGCCAGCUGAGAUGGAGGAGGACAGCAGACCCAUGUCCCUUAUGGCAUCUGUCACUCAAAACCUGAGCAUGCCCGGUGAUGAGCGUGACAUGGAGGAGGAGCUUCCCACAGAGGAGCUGGAGUAGGAGGAAGGCUUGAUGGAGGCGGAGCUCACUGGCCCUGUCCCUCCCUCCCUCAUACACAAGAUGUUCAAGAUCAAGUGAGAAACAAAGAUUUAAAAAAAAUCAACUACAACUUCAAAAACCAAAACAGGGUUAGACCUCAUCAGUUCACAAUGCAAAAACACAUUUUCCCCCCUUAAUUUUUGUGUACCCUCAAAAAGGCCCUUUGAGCAGCUGUGCAUUGUGUCCUCCUGUAUUCUGAAACAUGGUCUGAUAGAAGUAUGGACCACUGUAUCUAAAGCUACUGAGGGAAACCUAACAUCAGUAUACAAGAUUAGUCUUUUUUUUUUUCUUUCCACAAGUCACUCAAGGUUUCUUUACUUUAAGUCUUUUUUUAGCUUUAAUUUUGAUGUUCUUUGGGCCUGAGAACACUGCUUUUCUAUGGGAUAAAUACACAGCGGUGAUUUACCUCAGAAAGAUGUUUGAAAAAAGGAAAAAGAUGACAAACACACAUCUUUAGAAUGACUUCUGAUUUCAACCGGAUUUUUGUACUCGUUCAAGGGGAUGCUGCAAGACUCAGUAACUUUGCGCUCACGCAGAUAAGUUCACCACUCACUACAAAGGCAAAGACUGAAAGAAAAUGAGCUGAAAGACUGGUGACGGCGUCCUUGGCCACCUGGCCAACCCCCUUUUUUUUUUUUUUGUCUCCCUUACAUGACUGGACUAGAGAAACGGGGGGCGCGUUCUGUCUCGAGGCAGUGUUAGCCUCCGAUUAAACGGCGGAUGCUUGCGCUGUCCCUAUCUUUAUCUGAUGGUAUCUGCAAGAAUCUGCCCAAACGUGUUUUUCCCCCUCGCUCUUUGUCAGACUAAACGUAGAAAAUGUUGCUACCCCCAAAAAAGGCAUAUUUCAGGAAAAGGAACUUUUUCGCUGUUGUUCUCCUGUGGUGCUGUUAUGACAGCCAGACUGACACGAGGCUUUUGGAGGACCGGCUCAGAGACUUUAUUGACUGUAUCGCUGAUUAUAAUAUGUGUGCAGUAGCUUUCGAUUUCGUUUUACUUUCAUAGUCAUUUAUUUCUAAAGGAUCAACAUUUUUCAUUGUGAUGUAAUUCAACUAUUAUGUCUUCUGUUAAUGAUUGUUUUGUUUUUUAAAUUCUCUCAUCAUUCCAAAAAGGGGUUACAUUUGGGAGAGAAGUUCCAAAAUCCUAUAUUCUACAAACUCAAGUCAAAAAAAGUUCCAAAUUUAUCCUAGCAUUGGAUCACGAGUAUUGAGGAUAGCACUUAGCAUUAAGUGAAAACUUCCGAAACAGAACCACAGAUGAAAUAUAAGGUGAAAUACCAACAAAACCACUCAAACAUUUCUAUAGCAGUGAGAAGCUGAAACUAAAGAGACAGAGGUGGAAUACACAUUGCAGGGCUCCCUGUAAGAUCCUGGAGAAAAGAAAAAAAAAGACUUCACAUGCACUCAUAUCUCUCUUAUUUUUUCACAAAUUUGCUUCAUUUGUUCAAUUAUUUAGAAAUUUUAGAUCUUAUUUUCCCAGAUUUGCGCCAUUUACUUUGUUCGUUUCAGAAUUUUCUGUAGUAGCCAAUUGAUAUCAGCUGCGAUACAAAAUAUUGCUUUAAGGUAAAAGAUAACAAGGUCACGGAAUACCUCAGACCACAGUGUUUGCCCCCUCACGCUGUUAUUACAAAGGGGAUUUGUACUGUGGCUAACCAACACGGUGACUCUCUCAUUAUCAGUUCAAAGUUCUAUAGUUACUAGAUAUAUAAAAGUUAUUUGCAAUUCACUGUGUGAGUAGAAAGUGUCUGAUUAGCAUGUGAGAUUUUGCUUUCGCUGAACUAUAAAAAAAAUUAUUUUCUCAGUUAGUGCCAUGCCAAAUUCCAAGUUUUAAUUUAAUAUAUGUUGCUUUUUUUAGUUUUUUCCCCAUUUUACUUUUGUUACAGGUAACCAAAGAGAUAUUUAGUAAACCAAAAACUCUUUUUUUUUAUUUAUCAUUUUCUUCUUCCUAAAGAACUGGCCAAAAGAAC